CCUGUGAAAUGUAAACACUAUAAACAGUGUAAACAAUAUACUCACUCGUUGUAAUGUACGGUAGGCACCGUCCGCGCGGAGCCUUGUUAUUGUUUAUUUGUCGUGCAACGCCCGCGCAUGCGUAGCAUCGACUAGACUAUAUUCCAACCUGUGGAAUGUGAAGAAUGCCUGCGUUAUUUAUUUUUUUUUAAACUGGUAGUCGUUUUGUUUUUCGUACGCACGCUAAUUUAAUAAUACAUUAAUACCGGUCUUAACGUUUGUGGCGUUAUUGCUGUAUUUGAACUGUAGAGACGACGGCGAGACGUCACACGGUGAUCCAAUUGCGUCAGACUUUUUUUGUUGAUCCGCGGUCGAAUUUUAAGUUUAAUCCGAUAAAUAUCUACUUAUGUAUCUUGCGGGGCGCGAAAAGCAGUUGUUGUUUACAACAGCGGUAGUCGUAGGAGCUUUACUUGGCCAUUCGAGCACUGGCCGCUUGGGCUCUGGCAGGGGGUCAAAUUUAUCAAUAGGGCCCAGAUAUAGUCAAACUUUCUUGUUGCCCGGAUCAAUGUGGUGGGGAAGGGUUGGGUCACAAACAAAGGAGAAUAUACAGGGUUGGCGUAAUCAAGACUCCAGUGUUGCAUUUGUCAGUGAUGUCGACAGUCGAAGUCAAUUUAAAGAAAAACCUGAGGAAUCAGAUAAAUCUCAAACACCACCAGUGCACAAAGAUAUUAAAACGACGCGCAAGAAUUCUUUUCUUCAUUCAGCAUGGGUUAUCAUUGCAAUAUUGUUAACUAUUGUAUUGGGUGCUAUAGCCGUCUACUAUUGGAUACUGUUUUAUCCGAUUAUGUGCAAGAAAGAGCGCAAGUAUGAUGUUAUGCAAAUGUCUGCCAAACCUUAACGACCAAGUAUCCAAUUUAACAAUUAAAUAAAAAUCUCCAGGUGGUGGUGACUUACUGACUCAAAUCUGAAAACAAUUAUCGUGAUAAUUUUAAUGUAAAACAAUUAAUUGUAUUCCUUUAAAAAGGUUUCCUAUUUUUAUUUUUAUUUUUUUUUUUUAGGCAUUUUUACUUUGUUUAAAUUUAUGACUGACUAAAUUGAUAAGAUCUUCAAAUGGUAACUACCUUUGAACAGUUCCUUUUUUAGUUAAUCCAAUGGACUAUGCAUUACUGUUUAUAGAACAAUAUUUUUGAAAUUUGUAUUUAUUUCGAAAAGACUUAUUAUUGAUUAGUACAUUUUUUGUGUGCUUCAUGUUUAAUGUAAAAAUAUCUAAUUUAAUAAUACCUAAAUUAUUACUUUAUUAUUCAUCUAAUUUUGUAUUACAUGGUGCAAAUAUUUUCAACA